UAUGCCGUGGGUGGGGCCCUAGAAAAGACAAAAAACAAACAAACAAAUAAAAUAACAUUUCUUCUCAUAAUUUUACAGGCUAGAUUCUGGCUCCACACAUUCUCCAGCCCGAUUUCUCUUCCACACCCACCCACCCACACACACCCACACAUCUCUAGUGCAGGAACCUCAGGCCAUAACUGUGCUGUGAUACAACUUCUGGCCCUGUAACUUCGUGUCCCAAAGCCAAGGACUUGGCCCAAUGGUGGUCAUAUGCCUGUAGCCGUUUCCUCACGGGGGUGUGGCUACAUCGUAGUGCCAACUGUUCGGUGCACAGCACACAUGUCUCACCAAUCCCAGACUGAAUGGAGCCAUCACUCACUGGCUUUGAGGGACCCUUGGAUCCCCAAAUGGACACUAGAGAAGUCAUCAUUGAUUGCCGAUUAGCCAUAGUGUUCUACCAAAAUUACCCAUAUCAUCUGACCAUGUGAACACAGGAUGGGGGCCCUCCAGGGCCCUGGAGCUUAAGUGGUAUUAGUUUCAUGGUAGAUCCGCUUCUGGGUGCAUCUGAAACCUCUGAGUUUCAGUUUCUUCAGCUGUGCCAUGAACAAAACUCUUCUGGCCCCAUCUGUCUGUUUUGGAUGAGAAUCUGAAAUGAAAGAAAAUGUGAAGGCUCUGGUUCCUAAAAGUCCCGUGUGAUGGUGACACUGAGGAAGAGGACAGUGAUGCUGGCUAAGAGGGGGAGCUGCUGAGAUGUUGGCCUCAAGGUCAGGAGUGGGUGCUUGUGUCACAAGCUCCUGUGGCUCUGGGCCCAAAACGCUCAUAUGAGAAGGACAAAGCCUGAGGCUUUGAUUCCAGUUACAGGACAUGCCUCUGGAAGGCAUGAUGUGUGAAGUUGUAAUCAGGUAUUUGCAGCCUUGUGGGAAUGAGCCUGCCUGGUCAUUAAAUCCACACGGAGUGCCCCUUGGUGGAGGGAGGCGCCAGGCCAGGCUCUGCAGGUACAAACUCAAAGGGGUUUGGAAGAGGAGACAAAUCAGAUAUGUGCCCAACUAGCCACGAUGCAGGACCCAGGGAUGAGGGCCACAGGCCGAGGAGACGUCUGGGGCAAGCAGAGCCCCGAGCAAGGCUGGUCCGGGAAAGCUGGGGGUGCUUGCCCAGGCCUUGCCGCACCCGGAGGCUCACCUGGGUGGAGAAGGGCACGGGGCACUAGAAAAAGGAGUGAGACGCAGAGCACGCAGACCUUCCGGAGAGAAGAUGCUGAAAUACAAUGCGAUGAGCACAUCUGUGAGCGCUGCGUGGGUCAGAAGACCUGCAGGGCAGCCUGGGGAGCCAGCAAAGCCAGCUCCCCUCAUGGACUUUUCCUGUGUUUCUUUCUCACUUGGUUCAGAUUCCUCACCCCUAGAGAGACACAUGGCAAUGAGCUUCAGCGGCAGGGAACUUUGGCUUUCUGGAACCUCUCUGGGCUGGCUUCUCCGCCAGUUUCAGAGAUGGGAGCAGAGAGACGAUGGUGGGAGAGCAGCCAUGGUUAUUGAGGGGUCUUCCCAGCCCAUGAACAACCCUCCUGAGACAGUGGCAAUGGGACCCCAGAGACUCCACCUGUGGGGAAGGAGCCUCAGGGAUUUGGGCCCUUCGUUCAGUGAGCUCAGAACUGCGAUACUAGCAUUGGACACGCUGAGAGGGUAAGUGGCCAAGUGUGACUUAGAUAUUGUCUGAGCUGGGCCUAUGGCAUUUUGGUUGAAGGAAUGUCCAGGUAAUUGAACUGGCAUGGGCACCCCUUCUCUAUAGGCACUAUAGUUUAUGAAUUGCAAUGAUUCACCCUGUCUCAAGAUGACGGAAGUAUUUGAGAUGCAUGUGCAGGCAUUUGAAACAAACACAGUUGAUUUUGUGUAGGUUUCGGGGUCUGUUUGCUUCUGAAUCUCUGUGCAUGAAAAUAUAUAUUUCUGUUUCUCUGCUGGCAUUAGAGAACAGGCCUGGGUAUGGGAAACUGAAGCCCAGCAUGAUGAAGUGACUUGUUCAAGGUCCGACAGCUUGGCUAAGGUGGCAAAGGUGAGACCAGAACCCAGACUAUCUGAACCGUAGACCAGGACUCUUCAUGUGACGUUGAAAUCAAUUACAAAUUGAAAAAAAAAAAAAGGGCAGGGAAAUCCUUAUUUGUUUUUUUCCCUCCAAUCAAUGAGUAAGUACUAAGAAGGUCAAUCCCGAAUUAGCUAUAUAGCCCAAAUGUCAAGUUUUUACCACUGACCUGGUUCAAUAUUGAUUUCUUUUAUGAAACCAUAUUUAUCCUGAAGUUGUUAAAGAAUUUCAGAGCACAUAAGAAGGCUUUGCUAAAAUAAUUCCAUGCCUUUGUUUUUGAAGAAAACAUCCAAAAUAUAUAAGCUGUUGUUUGAAUGAAACAAUAAAAACAUCUGUUGUUUCUCACGACAGCUCUCAUCUUAAUAUAACAUGGCAAAAUAAUACCCCUCAAAUAUCCAUGAUUAACCUGAAUUGGAAACGGUCCCCUCCCAGUGUCUUCAUAUAGCUGCUUCGAUUGGCAUUGGUAACACACACACACACACACACCAGCUACAUCAUCACCCAGCACUCUGAUGCAACAGAAUAUUGAGAUUAGUCAUUGUUCUAAAAUGGAUGGUGUGUCCCUGCUGGAAUUGAAUCCCACGCAUUUGAGGCUCUAAUGAAAUAUAUUAGGGCAUAUGCAUCGGUGUUGAUGCAGAAUUUUUGGACUGUAUUCAAAUUGCCUCUGAGCACAGGUGUGCCUGUCAUUAAGUGUUUAUGUUUACCUGUACACAUGGAUGUUUGCCUGGGCAACUGUGUUUGUUCUCACUUUGGUGUGCAUAUAUUUGCGUGUGGGUGGGAGGGCUUCCAUCCAGCUUGGGACUUUGAAGGAAUUGUCCGUUUAUCCAAAUAAAAAAAGAGCCCCCCUCCAAAAUGUCAGCUGUGAGGCAAGCAUCAGGGCUUGGCGUGGGUGUCGGUGACACAAGCACCCACGCUCUUCCUCGGAGGCUUGCUUUUCCCUGGGGUUCCCUUGCUGAGAGUCUUGCUGACUCUGCCAAGCUAACUCCCUCCCAUACGACUCCAGGAACAGGGGACUGUGGAAUACAUCUGAGCCAGACGGUCACUUUCAAAGACAUUGUCCUAAAUAUGAAGGAGGCGCCAAGCCUAGGAAAGUACAAAAAGCCUAAGGGCCAUCUGGUUUUGGUCCUGUCCUUGCCGACCCUCACUCUGUGGGUUUCCAGCGUCAAGUUCCCCUUCCUCUGUGUUUCUGCGGCCUCUUGCUCGAGUCCUGAUUCCUGAGCUCUGCUGUGUGGCGGCUGGGCUCUCAUGCCCACAUCCCCUCCCCCACCCCCUACAGGUCAAGUUCCUCUGAAUGAAGCCAACAACAUGCGUGAUACACGUAUUUACUGUGAUUACUUCGUGCCAGCCGUGGGUCUUGUCUUAUUGAAUCCCCACAAGAGCUCUGCAGGGGAGAUGCUGGCGCUGUCCCCACUGUACAGGUGAGGCAACGGGGGCUUGACACGCAUUCAUUCCCCAGGGGGGCACAGCUAGUACGUGGCCAAGUUAGGCUGAGAUCUCAGCUCUGGCUUAAGCCACGCUCCUCAUCAUGACGUGAUAAGGCCUCCUCGUGUUAGAGGGAGUCCCCAGUGUGCCCCCCUCACCUGCCCUGGUUCCUCCACGCUGCCUCUUCAGGAGAGAGCCGGUGAAUAACCUCCCUGUCCGGUAACACCCGACUCUCUCCAUAUUGAUGUAGUUAGUCCCUUAAAGGCCGCCAGGUGUAACUAGCAUAAAGGGACACUCAGGUUAUAGGAGGUACUUCAGGUAAAUGGAAAGCGAAGGGUCCUCCUCUCUCUUUGCAGCAUGUGGGGCAUGAACAGCUGUGCUGCGCCCCCCAGGCCCACUCAGGGCCCGGCUCCUUCCAACAGACAGCAGCCCCUUUCAUCCUGUCUGGCUUAGCAGUUUAUUUUAGGCAUGGCCUGACCAGGUGCUCUGGGUCAAUAGGCUUAGUUUUAAAUAACUGGAUUCCUCUCAGCAACCGUCUCCUUUAGAAGCGGAGGAACACGACGCAAGAAUGAGCCCAGCAGGCUGGCGGUGGUGAGGGGAGCCAUCAGCCAGAAGCCUGGAGACGGCUGGACUCUGUCACUGCCUGCAUGACCUCGGUGGGUCCAUUGCUGCCCCCCCCGACCCGGUGCUGGGCCUCAGCUUCCUCAUCCGUAAAGCAGAAGGCUGGGCGGGGUCAUCUCAAACACCUGUGGCAGUCUGCCCCCGUCUCUGUGCUCUGCCUGUGUUUACAGAGCACAAAACACCUAGUGAAAAAGCAUCUGCUUUGGAGAGGUGACUUCGCAUCAUGGAGCUGGGCCACCAAGGGAGGAAGCACGGUGUGGAGCAAGCAGCUCUGUCCCUGAUGUCGGGAGACCUGGAUUCUGGUCUUGCUUGUGAUACAAACUGAGUGACCUUGAACAAGCUAAACCUUGCUUUUCUCACCUGUUUUAAAAAGGAGUGCUAAAGCUUCAAAGGUUAUUGAGAGGAUCACAUGGAGCAAUCGCAGGUGAGAGCCCUUUCAACUCUGAAAGUACUAUGCAAAAAAAGUAAGUGCACCUGGCAGUUCCUCAAAAAGUUAGAAUUACCAUAUGAUCCAGCAAUUUCCACUCCCCCAAGAGUUGAAAGCUGGGUCUCAAAGAGCUACUUGUACACCAUGGUCAUGGCAGCGUUAUUCACAAAAGGUGAAAGUUACCCAAAUGUUCACUGACAAAUGAAUGAACAAAGUGAAGUCUAAAGGUACAAUGGAAUAUUAGUCAGCUAUGAAAAGGAACAAAAUUCUUACACAUGUUACAACAUGGAUGAAUCUUGAAGACAUUAUCUUAAGUGAAAGAAGCCAGACACAAAAGGACGAAUAUUGUAUGAUUACACUUAUGUGAGUUACCUAAAAGGCAAAUUCAUAGAGACAGAAAAGUAGAUUAGUGGUUAUCAGGAGCUGGGGGAGAGGGGAUUCGGGAGUUAGUGUUUAUUGGGUGCAGAAUUUGUUUGGAUGAUGCAAAGUUCUGGAAAUGGAUAGUGGUUAUGGUUAGACAACAUCACGAAUGCCACUGAAUAGUACACUUAAAAAGUGUCAAAACUAAACUCUGUAUCAUGUAUAUUUCAACAUAUUAAAAAAGGUAAAUGUACACAAAGUUUUUUGGUUAAAAUCACUAGGGCUAUCGGCAAAACCUGAGAAUGAGGAGUCCUAGUUCUCCUGUCUGAUCCUGGGCAAGGCGUUUUGGGGAAGUAAAUUUUCUUCCUUUGUCAAAGAGGUUAAACUAUGCUCUCUCCCUCCAUCUCUCCCUCUCUGCUCCAGUCCCCCUGCUCACCUCAGAAAACUGGGUCAAAAUUGUGCCCUGCCAAGUGGCCAGGGCAUAUCAAGGUAGCAUCCCUUACCCUUUAGGAAACGAGGCCCAGCCUGGCUUAUUCCAUUUACAGGGCUACAGAGGAGCCCUUCUUUGGACCCUGCGUGGGCCCUUCUUUUGGCAUUACAACAUAAGGAGGGUUUUCCAACCAUACUAGUGUUUUCACAGCGUCCUGACUCAGCCUGCCUCGGUCCCCACUGCCUAACCUGGCACACGGCAUGUGCUCAGCAUUCGUUCUGUAACUAAGAUACCCUCACUCAAGCCCUAUUCAGUUCUGUGCCGACUUUAUUCAGAAUGGUAUAAGGAAUAAACCAGUUUCUGUUCAGUGAGAAAGCUGCAGGGUUGGGGGGGCACGGGAGGAAGAUACCAGAUACAGCAGACAUGAAACUAUUUAUUGCAAAUAAUGUCUAGGUAUCACACUGUAACCAGUGCGAGGUCAAUGCCCACGGAGUGCUGGAGUGGGCUCAGCUGGGGCUCCCGGGGUUGCAGAAGUAACUAGAGCUUGAAAGGGGAUGCACCUUUAAGCUUGGAGGUGGGCCGGACUCCGUGGGCGGGGGGCUCCAAAGGGUCUUGGUCUGACUUUUACUCCGGUGCUCAUGCUUCCCUAUCCAAGGGGGUAAACUGAGUCAGAAAGAGGCAGGGAGCCUGGCCCCAAGUGACUGGACCAGAAGAAACCGGGCGUCCUUGGCCUGAGCAGGGCGGGCUCUUGGCACACGUAUGACACACGCCUGUGCGCGACCGCAGGCUUCGAGCCGGUGGGUGGCAGGGACCCCUUGCCUCUCAGAGGCGAACCCCCGGCCAGGGCCGUAAGUACGGUCCGGGCCCCCGCCCCUGUGCUUGGGCUGGUGAGGCUGGGGCCGUCUGGGCUCGUGGCUCGAGCGGAGCUCCCCAGCCGAGGUGCCGCGGGGGGGCGGGGAGAGCGGCCGCCUAGCCCAGCCCCGCGGAUGACAGGAGCCAGGGAGCCGAGGAGGGAGGAGCCGCCGCCGCCGCCGAGCGCUGGGCUGAGGAGCAGAGAGAGCGGGGCGCGGAGUGCGGGCGGCUGGGAGCGCGCUGAGCGGGGGAGAGGCGCUGCCGCACGGCCGGCCACAGGACCACCUCCCCGGAGAAUAGGGCCUCUUUAUGGCAUGUGGCUGGUAACUUUCCUCCUGCUCCUGGACUCUUUACACAAAGCCCGCCCUGAAGAUGUUGGCACCAGCCUCUACUUUGUAAAUGACUCCUUGCAGCAGGUGACCUUUUCCAGCUCCGUGGGGGUGGUGGUGCCCUGCCCGGCCGCAGGCUCCCCCAGCGCGGCCCUUCGAUGGUACCUGGCCACGGGGGACGACAUCUACGACGUGCCGCACAUCCGGCACGUCCACGCCAACGGGACGCUGCAGCUCUACCCCUUCUCCCCCUCCGCCUUCAAUAGCUUUAUCCACGACAAUGACUACUUCUGCACCGCGGAGAAUGCUGCCGGCAAGAUCCGGAGCCCCAACAUCCGCGUCAAAGCAGUUUUCAGGGAACCCUACACCGUCCGGGUGGAGGAUCAAAGGUCGAUGCGUGGAAGCGUGGCCGUCUUCAAGUGCCUCAUCCCCUCUUCAGUGCAGGAAUAUGUUAGCGUUGUGUCCUGGGAGAAAGACACAGUCGCCAUCAUCCCAGAAAACAGGUUUUUUAUUACUUACCACGGCGGGCUAUACAUCUCUGACGUGCAGAAGGAGGACGCCCUCUCCACCUACCGCUGCAUCACCAAGCACAAGUACAGCGGGGAGACCCGGCAGAGCAAUGGGGCCCGCCUCUCUGUGACAGACCCUGCCGAAUCAAUCCCCACCAUCCUGGACGGCUUCCACUCCCAGGAAGUGUGGGCCGGCCACACCGUGGAGCUGCCCUGCACCGCCUCCGGCUACCCCAUCCCUGCCAUCCGCUGGCUCAAGGAUGGCCGACCCCUCCCGGCAGACAGCCGCUGGACCAAGCGCAUCACAGGGCUGACCAUCAGUGACCUGCGGACCGAGGACAGCGGCACCUACAUUUGUGAAGUCACCAACACCUUCGGCUCGGCAGAGGCCACAGGCACCCUCACGGUCAUCGACCCCCUUCACGUGACCCUAACACCAAAGAAGCUGAAGACCGGCAUCGGCAGCACGGUCAUCCUUUCCUGCACCCUGAUGGGCUCCCCAGAGUUCACCAUCCGCUGGUACCGCAACACCGAGCUGGUGCUGCCCGGCGAGGCCAUCUCCAUCCGCGGGCUCAGCAACGAGACCCUGCUCAUCACCUCGGCCCAGAAGAGCCACUCCGGGGCCUACCAGUGCUUCGCCAGCCGCAAGGCCCAGACCGCCCAGGACUUCGCCAUCAUCGUGCUUGAGGACGGCACGCCCCGCAUCGUCUCGUCCUUCAGCGAGAAGGUGGUCAACCCCGGGGAGCAGUUCUCACUGAUGUGCGCGGCCAAGGGUGCCCCGCCUCCCACUGUCACCUGGGCCCUGGACGACGAGCCCAUCGUGCGGGACGGAAGCCACCGCUCCAACCAGUACACCAUGUCCGACGGCACCACCAUCAGCCACAUGAAUGUCACGGGGCCCCAGAUCCGCGACGGGGGCGUGUACCGGUGCACCGCACGGAACUCGGUGGGCAGUGCUGAAUAUCAGGCGCGAAUAAACGUAAGAGGCCCCCCCAGCAUCCGGGCCAUGCGGAACAUCACGGCCGUUGCUGGGCGGGACACCCUUAUCAACUGCAGGGUCAUCGGCUACCCCUACUACUCCAUCAAGUGGUACAAGGAUGCCCUCCUGCUCCCCGACAACCACCGCCAGGUGGUGUUCGAGAACGGAACCCUCAAGCUGACUGACGUGCAGAAGGGCAUGGACGAAGGGGAGUAUCUGUGCAGCGUCCUCAUCCAGCCCCAGCUCUCCAUCAGCCAGAGCGUCCACGUGGCCGUCAAAGUGCCCCCUCUCAUCCAGCCCUUCGAGUUCCCGCCUGCCUCCAUCGGCCAGCUGCUCUACAUCCCCUGCGUGGUGUCUUCGGGGGACAUGCCCAUCCGCAUCACCUGGAGGAAAGACGGACAGGUGAUCAUCUCAGGCUCAGGCGUGACCAUCGAGAGCAAGGAAUUCAUGAGCUCCCUGCAGAUCUCCAGCGUCUCCCUCAAGCACAAUGGCAACUACACGUGCAUCGCCAGCAACGCAGCGGCCACCGUGAGCAGGGAGCGCCAGCUUAUCGUGAGAGUGCCCCCUCGAUUCGUGGUGCAGCCCAACAACCAGGAUGGCAUCUAUGGCAAGGCUGGUGUGCUCAACUGCUCGGUGGAUGGCUAUCCCCCACCCAAGGUCAUGUGGAAGCAUGCCAAGGGGAGUGGGAACCCCCAGCAGUACCACCCCGUGCCCCUCACGGGCCGCAUCCAGAUCCUGCCCAACAGCUCGCUACUGAUUCGCCACGUCCUGGAAGAGGACAUCGGCUACUACCUCUGCCAGGCCAGCAACGGCGUGGGCACUGACAUCAGCAAGUCCAUGUUCCUCACUGUUAAGAUCCCCGCCAUGAUCACCUCCCACCCCAACACCACCAUCGCCAUCAAAGGCCACGCAAAGGAGCUCAACUGCACGGCGCGGGGAGAGCGACCCAUCAUCAUCCGCUGGGAGAAGGGGGACACGGUCAUCGACCCGGACCGUGUCAUGCGGUAUGCCAUCGCCACCAAGGACAACGGCGACGAAGUUGUCUCCACGCUGAAGCUCAAGCCUGCCGACCGUGGGGACUCUGUGUUCUUCAGCUGCCACGCCAUCAACUCAUAUGGGGAGGAUCGGGGUCUGAUCCAGCUCACCGUGCAAGAGCCCCCUGACCCCCCAGAGCUGGAGAUCAGAGAGGUGAAGGCCCGGAGCAUGAACCUACGCUGGACCCAGAGAUUCGACGGGAACAGCAUCAUCACGGGCUUUGACAUCGAAUACAAGAAUAAAUCAGAUUCCUGGGACUUUAAGCAAUCUACCCGCAACAUCUCCCCAACCAUCAACCAGGCAAAUAUCGUGGACUUGCACCCAGCGUCUGUGUACAGCAUCCGCAUGUACUCCUUCAACAAGAUUGGCCGCAGCGAGCCGAGCAAAGAGCUCACCAUCAGCACUGAGGAGGCCGCUCCUGAUGGGCCCCCCAUGGAUGUAACCUUGCAGCCAGUGACUUCACAGAGCAUCCAAGUGACAUGGAAGGCACCCAAGAAGGAGCUGCAGAAUGGUGUCAUCCGGGGCUAUCAGAUCGGCUACCGAGAGAAUAGCCCUGGCAGCAAUGGGCAGUACAGCAUCGUGGAGAUGAAGGCCACUGGGGACAGUGAGGUCUACACCCUGGACAACCUCAAGAAGUUUGCACAGUAUGGGGUGGUGGUCCAGGCCUUCAAUCGGGCUGGCACAGGGCCCUCAUCCAGCGAAAUCAAUGCCACCACCCUGGAGGAUGUGCCCAGUCAGCCCCCCGAGAAUGUCCGGGCCCUGUCCAUCACUUCCGACGUGGCCGUCAUCUCCUGGUCGGAGCCCCCACGCAGCACCCUCAAUGGCGUCCUCAAAGGCUAUCGCGUCAUCUUCUGGUCACUCUACGUUGAUGGCGAGUGGGGCGAGAUGCAGAAUAUCACCACCACGCGGGAGCGGGUGGAGCUGCGAGGCAUGGAGAAGUUCACCAACUACAGCGUGCAGGUGCUGGCCUACACGCAGGCCGGGGACGGCGUGCGCAGCAGUGUGCUCUACAUCCAGACCAAGGAGGAUGUUCCAGGUCCCCCUGCUGGCAUCAAAGCUGUCCCUUCAUCCGCCAGUAGCGUGGUCGUGUCCUGGCUGCCCCCAACCAAGCCCAACGGGGUGAUCCGCAAGUACACCAUCUUCUGCUCCAGCCCCGGGUCUGGCCAGCCGGCUCCCAGCGAGUAUGAGACGAGUCCAGAGCAGCUCUUCUACCGCAUCGCCCACCUAAACCGUGGGCAGCAGUACCUGCUAUGGGUGGCCGCCGUCACCUCCGCUGGCCGAGGCAACAGCAGCGAGAAGGUGACCAUCGAGCCUGCUGGCAAGGCCCCGGCAAAGAUCAUCUCCUUCGGGGGCACCGUAACAACACCCUGGAUGAGAGAUGUCCGGCUGCCUUGCAAUUCAGUGGGCGACCCAGCCCCUGCUGUGAAGUGGACCAAGGACAGCGAAGACUCGGCCAUCCCCGUGUCCAUGGAUGGGCACCGGCUCAUCCACACCAAUGGCACGUUGCUGCUGCGUGCAGUGAAGGCUGAAGACUCAGGCUACUACACCUGCACAGCCACCAACACCGGGGGCUUCGAUACCAUCAUCGUCAACCUUCUGGUGCAAGUUCCUCCAGACCAGCCCCGCCUCACUGUCUCCAAAACCUCUGCUUCGUCCAUCACUCUGACCUGGAUUCCAGGUGACAACGGGGGCAGCUCCAUCCGAGGCUUCGUGCUGCAGUACUCAGUGGACAACAGCGAGGAGUGGAAGGACGUAUUCGUCAGCUCAAGUGAGCGGUCCUUCAGGCUAGACAGCCUCAAGUGUGGCACGUGGUACAAGGUGAAGCUGGCGGCCAAGAACAGCGUGGGCUCUGGGCGCAUCAGUGAGAUCAUCGAGGCCAAGACCCACGGGCGUGAGCCUUCCUUCAGCAAAGACCAGCACCUCUUCACUCACAUCAACUCCACGCAUGCUCGGCUUAACCUGCAGGGCUGGAACAACGGGGGCUGCCCAAUCACGGCCAUCGUGCUGGAGUACCGGCCCAAGGGCACCUGGGCCUGGCAGGGCCUGCGCGCCAACAGCUCCGGGGAGGUGUUUCUGACUGAGCUGCGAGAGGCCACGUGGUACGAGCUGCGCAUGAGGGCUUGCAACAGCGCUGGCUGCGGCAACGAGACUGCCCAGUUCGCCACCCUGGACUACGACGGCAGCACCAUCCCACCCAUCAAGUCUGCACAAGGCGAGGGGGAUGACGUGAAGAAGCUGUUCACCAUCGGCUGCCCGGUCAUCCUGGCCACACUGGGGGUGGCACUGCUCUUCAUCGUCCGCAAGAAGAGGAAAGAGAAGCGGCUGAAGCGGCUCCGAGAUGCAAAGAGUUUGGCAGAAAUGUUGAUAAGCAAGAACAACCGGAGCUUUGACACCCCUGUGAAGGGGCCACCCCAGGGCCCCCGGCUACACAUUGACAUCCCCAGGGUCCAGCUGCUCAUCGAGGACAAGGAGGGCAUCAAGCAGCUGGGAGAUGACAAGGCUACCAUCCCUGUGACGGAUGCUGAGUUCAGCCAAGCUGUCAACCCGCAGAGUUUCUGCACCGGUGUUUCCUUGCACCACCCAGCCCUUAUCCAGAGCACAGGACCCCUCAUCGACAUGUCUGACAUCCGGCCAGGCACCAAUCCAGUGUCCAGGAAAAAUGUAAAGUCAGCCCACAGCACCCGGAACCGGUACUCAAGCCAGUGGACUCUGACCAAGUGCCAGGCCUCCACACCCGCCCGCACCCUCACCUCUGACUGGCGCACUGUGGGCUCCCAACAUGGUGUCACUGUCACCGAGAGUGACAGCUACAGUGCCAGCCUCUCCCAGGACACAGACAAAGGACGAAACAGCAUGGUGUCCACCGAGAGCGCCUCUUCCACCUACGAGGAGCUGGCCCGGGCCUAUGAGCAUGCCAAGCUGGAGGAGCAACUGCAGCACGCCAAGUUUGAGAUCACCGAAUGUUUCAUCUCCGACAGCUCUUCUGACCAAAUGACCACGGGCACCAACGAGAACGCUGACAGCAUGACAUCCAUGAGCACACCCUCAGAGCCUGGCAUCUGCCGCUUCACCGCCUCCCCACCCAAGCCCCAGGAUGCCGACCGGGGCAAAAACGUGGCUGUGCCCAUCCCUCACCGGGCCAACAAGAGUGACUACUGUAACCUGCCCCUCUAUGCCAAGUCGGAAGCCUUCUUCCGAAAGGCAGACGGGCGCGAGCCCUGUCCUGUGGUCCCACCCCGCGAGGCCUCCAUCAGGAACCUGGCUCGAACCUACCACCCCCAGGCUCGCCACCUGACCCUGGACCCUGCCAGCAAGCCCUUGGGCCUCCCGCACCCGGGGGCUCCCGCUGCCGCCUCCACAGCCACCUUACCUCAGAGGACUCUGGCCAUGCCAGCCCCCCCAGCCGGCACGGCCCCCCCAGCGCCCGGCCCCCCUGCCGAGCCCCCGGCUGCGCCCAGUGCUGCCCCUCCGGCCCCCAGCACCGAGCCUCCACGGGCCGGGGGCCCACACACCAAAAUGGGGGGCUCCAGGGACUCGCUUCUUGAGAUGAGCACGUCGGGGGUGGGGAGGUCUCAGAAGCAGGGGGCCGGGGCUUACUCCAAAUCCUACACCCUGGUGUAGACGCACAGCCAACGAGCGGCCCCAGGCCUGGACCUGUCUGCACCUCCAGCCCUCACACACCAACUUGGCUGAUUUCCUGCAUUAUUUAUAUUAAACCGACAGACGAAAACCAAGCAACAAGGAAAAGACAACCCCCAAGUCAUGAACACUUGUACAUAGAACUCUUUUGUACAAAUGAAACUAUUUUCUUCUUCUCCAUGAAGCCAGGGCACAAAGAAUUUGACAGUACAAGUCAACCCCCCCCAACAAAAUAUGUGUGGAGAGAUAUAUACGUAUAUAGAGGGGUAGGAGCACGCCGACAAGCUAUAUAUCUAUAUAUUUCUCUCACCUUAUUUUGAGACAGAGGCACAAAGACUCAGCAAUUUUUCCCUCCUCCUCACCCUCCUUCCAAUCUAGGUGGUUUUGACAAAGACCAAAAUCCCAACUCAGAGACACUGCAUGCGAUUUUACUGUUCCAAGAAAACCAGGAGUUGCUUCAAUUUGCAGAUGCUUAUGUGUUAAUACCUUUUUCUAUGAAAAAAGACCCAGCGCCGUGUGCAAUAAAGGUUAUGUUUCU